AAGAAAGAAAGAGGAAGAGAGAGAGAGAGAGAGAGAAAAAAGAGCAAUUAUUUCGUGCGCGAACGAUCAUCUCGCGAUCUGUGCGUGUCGUCCGUCUUUGGCUAUACAUGUCCUUCCGAGUUUGUAUUCGCGCGAACGAUAAACGACGUCGAGGAAUUCGACAAACGAGACACACGACGGUGCUCGUCUGGCGGAGUGAGGAAGAUCGGUUAUUAGCGAGUUUAUAGACGGACAAGAUAGAUAAGUAUAGAGAUAGAGAUAACUAGAGAGAUAUCGAGAAGAAGGCGAGAUCGGCGAGGAAAGACGCGCGGUACUUUUUUCGCGAGCGAACGAGCGAGCGAGCGAGUUAACGGUGUCGAGCAGAGUUCUUCGUGCUCCGGUGGUGGUGUAGUUGGUUGGUUGGUUGGUUGGUUGAUUGGUUGGUGCUGGCUGGUAGUAGUUGUUGUUGUUGUUCCAGUAGUAGUAAUAGUAGUAGUAGUAAUAAUAAUAGUAAUAGUACUAGUGGUGGAUGAUACAAUAAUAACGCGCUCUUGAUUCCGAGUGUAAACAAGUGCUACGAGAGGAUAGAGAGAAUAAAAGGAAAAGUAAAAAGGGAAACGAAGACGGAGAAUAGUUAUUGUAUAUUCUAAAGAAAAGUGACUCGUCGGUAUUGGAUAAGGAUAUAAUAAGAUAAACGCGAGGAAGAGGAAGAAGUGUAAGGGGGAAGGAAGGAAGGAAGGAACGAAAGAAAGAAAGAAAGAAAGAAAGAAAGAAAGAAAGAAAGAAAGAACGAAGGAAGGAAGGAAGGAAGGAAAAGGUAGCGAGUAAUAGAAGUACGAUUAGCAAACGGCAUCGGCUCUGGUGGCAGUUGCUGCGACGGGUGUACCCCCUCGCUCGCUCCCCCCGCUUCCUCCCCCCCGUCGCCCCCGCCUUUCCCCCGCCCUCUCCUGUACGCUCUCCGCGACCGUUCGUAUCCUCCUCGGGACGACGCCACCGUCGAGACGCGUCGUGCCGGGGCUCGACUCUCGCGCGAGGGGAGAGGACCGACGGUGAGAGAGACAGAGAGAGAGAGAGAGAAAGAGAGGAGUAAGCGAGCGAGCGAGUGAGACGGAGAUAGAGAAAGACGGAUAGCCUGCUUGCGAGACACGAGCAAGGGAAGCAAGGGAAGGAGGAGGAGGAGGAGGAGGAGAAACAGCAGCGGCACAGGCACAGGACAGGCAUAGGCACAGGCAUACAUAGGGGCAGAACGGCGGUGUAAAGUAACGUCGUCGGUGAGAAAAGGAGAACGAGAGAAGAGGAUCAAAGAAGAGGAGAGUGAGAGAGAGAGAGAGAGAGAGAGAACGUGCUGUCUUCUCUCUACCUGUGCGUCCCUCUCUCACGAAAGUGCGACUUGGAAGGCCUUGCUCCGAUCUCCUAGGCAUCGAGCAGGCAAGCGAGAGAGCGAGCGAGCGAACGAACGAACGAAAGAACGAGCGAGCAGUCAGGCAGGCCAAGCAAGCAAGCAAGAAGCCGAGGAGGAGAAGGUGGAGGAGGAAGAGGAGGAGGCGGCCAGGCCUCUCGUCGCGUCGUCCAACGACGCGGGAUAUUUCCUUUUGGUUAGGAUCGUCCAAGGUUCUAGGAUCGAACAAAACACCCUUCGAACUUCGAUCCCUCAUCGAUGUGAGGCAUGCGAGCUGAAAGCACGAGGAUCGCCGUGAGAGCACAGGUGUGAUGGAGCCCCGUGGAGCCGGCUUCUACUAUGAGUUGAGACCUCGUAAUUAAUUGGGACUGGCAUGGAGAAGGAGAACUCCGCAUCAGGCGGAGGUGGCGGAGGUGAAGCGGCGGCAACGGCAACGCCGGGCUCCACCUCCACCUCCGAGAAGCUCCAGGCGGACCAGGCCAAUCCGCUGCUCGAUCCCACUGCACUUUUUGGUGCGUACUGGCCACGAGGAGAUAGCGCAGCUUCGUCUCUUUUCGGCGGGAUGCCUGGAGGAUACGGAUUGGGGGCACAUCACUUACCGUCGGCUUACGCCAUUCUUGGCCGUGGGGGUUCAGCGCCUGGUUUUGGGGGUCACACACCGGCAUCCGCACCACCACCACCCCCGUACUCGCACAGUAGUCUCGGUACUCUCAGCGUGGCUGCCAGUCAAGCUGCGAGUCUGGGUAUAACUCCUGCUAGUGCGGCAUGGUGGACAAUGGCCUCACACUUAGCGGCACAGGACUACCUCGCGAGAUUGCAGGGUGCGACAGGACUCCCAGGUUUUCCACCUGGCGCGGAGAGUCUCUUACCGCCUUACCCUGCUUCUCUAUUGAAUCCCCCAUCCCUUUCGUCCCACAAGUCUACCAAGUCUAAGUCGAGCAAGAGUCACAAGACACCGGCGAGCAGCAGUAGCUCGACAACGCCGAGUAUGACGAGCAGUAGUUUGCCGGUGUCGAGUCAGGCCACGGUAACACCAACGCAUCACAAUACCUCGGCGAGCAGCACGCCAAAUUCGCAAACGAACGUUGUCAGCAGCUCUGCGAAGGAAGGAAGCGAUCCUAGCAGUAUAUUGGGAGGCGUGCGUUUGCCUCCUGACACGGAGAUCAUAAAGUAUACCUCGAGUAUAGUCGGUCCAAAAGUUCCUGGUACGACGAAUCGUGGCAGGAAGAAGACGAUCUCUUUGGAUACACCGAGUGUCAGUGUUCAUCCACCAGCGGUACCUACGUUGAGUGCUCAUCAGACGAACACGACCUCGUCGUCCUUGAUGAUGGAGCCAAGAAAGUACAAUCGUACAGGGACCGAGUCGAACGAGUAUCGAGAGUCCGUAGAUCGCGUGGAGGUGAUCAAAUUACCGGCCCACUCAACCAACGGCUCCGUAUUGCCAGCACCGUCGGCGUACACCAGUGGUGGCAACAACGCGACCAACUCGAACGACUCCGAUGCUCCAUUAAAUUUAUCCCUUAAACCUGCUACGACGAGUAGUAGCUCGCCGAUUUCCGGCAGUCAGCCGCUCAGUCAGCUCAGCAAUUUGAGCCAAUCCUUGCUUGCCUCUGAUCGGACGUCGAGACGAAAACCCGGACCAAAGCCGAGAAGAGUGCCGCAAAAUUCGGUACCAGUCCCUGCCUCGCCUAGUCCAUCAUUGGCACAAUUAUUCGCCGCUGCGGAUUCGCCGCAGAGGCCGAGCAGCGGUAGCGAGGAAAGCGAGAGUGCCAGUACGACCCAUCACAAAGAUGGUCGUCCUCGAAAUCUUGGUCGAGGUGUCUCGAAGCCGAAGAAGAAUACCGUCGCGUCGUUGCUCGCACAGAGCAGGGCAUUGGGCAUUAAGCCCACGCCAACGUUGGAUCCUAGCGUGCCAUUGUCACACCAGGUCUCGUUGCUGAGGUCGAACAUUCUUGCUGCACAAUUGCAUGCCUCGGCAACGGGCCAGGUUGACGACAAGAAUCAGCGAUCUUUACAGGAGAAGAUGAAGAACAAAUUGCUGGAGGCGUCGGGCGAGGAAAGCAAUAUGGACGUUACCAGCGAGAGCGGUAGCAACACCGACGUCGUCACCGACACAGACGACGAUAACGCCGAGGGUACGCCCAGUGCAAAGAGAAGAAAGCUAAAGCCCAGCGAAAGGGAUUUGCAGAUGCCCUUGGAACGUGGUUGGAAACGAGAGACCGUUAUCAAGGGUCUAGGAAAGACUGGAGUUAUCAAGGGCGAUGUGUCCUAUUACAGUCCCUGUGGUAAAACGUUUAGGUGCAGUCCCGAUCUAGUGAAGUUUUUGGAACAACAGAAUCCUGCCGAACUUACGACAGCGAACUUUUCGUUCUCGUCCCGUCCUUUGGUCGGUGAGUUUCUUCAACCGACGAUGGGCCUGGCCGAGGCAGAGUUCGUAAGGCUCGGUGCUCAAGAGGUAGCGAGACGUCUCGAAGAGCUCAGAGCUGCCGGAGGUUUCAGGGACAUACGAACAAACAAUCAGUACGAGAGAGACAAGCUGGCAUACGCGAAGAAACUCGCUAAGGAGGAGGCACAACGGCACAAAGAGCAGGCCAGGCUCAUCAAGGAACAAGAGAAGACGGAACGGCAAGAGGCAGUGAGGCGGGAACGAGAAAUAAGAAAUCAACAGCUCCUCGAGGGUCGAAAGAGGCUCGCGUUCACGAUCAAGCAGAAAAUGAAGAUCAUCCAAGAGAUCGAGCGUGGGAAGAGCAAGAGCGACGUUGCGAGAGAACUAGGUCUGGCUAGUAGCACCGUCGCGACGAUCUGGAAAAAUCGUGAGAGCAUCGCCGAGAGUUGGAGAAAUCGUGACAUGAUGCAACAGCAGCAACAACAGCAGCAACAGCAACAACAACAACAACAGCAGCAGCAGCAACAACAACAACAACAACAACAACAUCAACAGCAUCAUCAUCAGCUCCAUCAUCAGCAACAAGUAAUAGAUCAGGAGGAAGCAAUACUGUUGAAGAAACAAACGCUCUCUUCGGUAUCUCCUGUCGCUUUGAGCCUCUGUUCGGGUACGUCCCCGUUGACGAACUCGAGCGUUUCGAAUUUAAACGUCCUACCGGUGACGACGACGACGACGAUGAACGUCGUGCCGACGACGUGCAUCGUCGGUUCGACUAAUUCGAGCGCUAUCUCGCCAACUACGCCUCUCAUGUUGACGUCUACGAGCAAUUCGACGAAUAUCUCGACGAGUACAGCGACGAUGAUGAACAACAACAACAACAACAACAACAACAACAACAACAAUAGCAAUAACAACAACAACAGCAAUAAUAGCAAUAACAACAACAACAACAACAGCAGCAGCAGCAGUAGCAUCAAUCAUGCUACGAUCAUGGUAGGCGGGACACCGACGCCUACCGUCGUUGCGACGGCUCCUCAAGUAAAUUCCCUCCUACCCUCGGUUACGCCACUCCAGCUGACUGCCAACAACCCCGUGAACGCUGCCAACGCAGUGAUCAACGCCGCCUCAAACGCAGCCGCAGCAGCAGCAGCCAUCGCAACACUCACGGCUCUCCCAUCAACCUCCUCCUCUUCUUCAUCUUCUUCUUCUUCUUCUACCUCCUCCUCCUCGUCUAUUUGUUCCAUCUCGUCCACCUCGCAACAACAACAACAACACCAACAACUACUACUACAACAACAACAACAACAACAACAACAACAACAACAACAGGCCGUCCAACCGACGACGCCACCUUCCUCGACGUCCACCGGUACCGCGACGAUCGCCGUUCAACCGGACAAUACCCAGCAGGCCCAGACCCAGACGCAAAGUGGUCAGGAACUUCUGGAGGCGCGGAAAAAACGGCAGGAAGAGGUGGAGAAGAUCCGACUGGAAGAGCAACAACGAAAGCAACAGGAACGCGAACUGAAGAGGCAACAAGCUGUGAUGUUGAAGGAGCAGAUGUACAUGCAGGAGCUCACCAAGCAGCGCGAGAUGCUCUACACCGUCGAGCUGGAACGAGAAAGAAGGAGACAACACAUGGCUUUGGUCAGAGCACUCGAGAAUCGUCGUAAGAUGGAAGAGCGAGAGAAAAAACGAUUAGAGGCAAGAGCCGAGAGAAUAGCCACGAAAGAGAAACGUGCAGAGCAGAGGAAGGUUGAGAUGGAGUUGAUAGAACAGAUCAGAAAACCCGUCGAAGACAUGGAACUGACAGAUCACCGAGCUCUGCCAGAAGUCAAGAGAAUACCUGGACUGAAGUUAUCAGGACAGGCCUUCGCUGAUAUAGUCAUGGUCUUUGAGUUUCUUCAUAAUUUUGGUGAAACUUUGGGUUUUGACAUGGAAUCCCUACCAAGUCUAAAGAGUCUACAAUUGGCUCUGUUAAACGACGAAGAGGCAGAGGAGGAAAUGCUUUCUGUGAUGACACAUCUUUUGGUGUGCGCUAUCGAGGACCCAGGCAUUCCACAGCCAGCAAGACACACGACUGGCCUUGGACAAAGUUUACGACAGGCUGACAUCACUCACGCCAACAUCAGCGAGGUUUUAAGAAUUUAUCUUUACGCGAACGCGACCGGUGAGGUAAAAGCUCUAACGGGAGUCUGUCUGGAACGUGAACGUGACAAGAGAUUCGCCGAUCAUCAUCAGAACGGUGGCGAUUAUGCCUCGACGUGUUCGGGCAAGAACGCUCAGUUCUAUGAGCAUUUGCACAAUAACGAAACAUGGAAAAUGUCAGAGAGGUUAAGAGACAAGCCAUUCCUUGCACUUAAUCCAACGCACAAGGCACAAAUGUUAGCGUUCCUUUGUAACGAGCUAUUGCAAAAUAAGGCUGUGAUUAGGCAAAUCGAAGGUAGCCUGGAAACUGUGGCUCAGUUGAGAAAGGAAAGAUUCGUUUUGGAUACAAAGAUCAGAAAGCUUAGACAAUUACAUAGUCGUAAAGUGAGAAUGGAAGCGGUUGGUGUCAUAGUGAAUAAAACCGGUGACACGAUCACCAUAGAGAAGAAAGAAGUGGACGAGGAAGGUAACACAACGUCCACGGCCGUGGGUACAACUCCUACUCCUGACGAGAUUCAUCACGAGGACGAGGUCGAGGAUAUGUCGGAAAACGAGAGCGAAGGAACUCAACCGGAAGAGGAGGAGGAUAAGAAUCUUUCGGGCGAGGAACUCGGCAAAAAGUUGGAUAAACUUUUAAAGCAGUCGGAAGAGCAGCUGCAGAAACUGAAUAGCUCGUCUAAGCAACUACGUGCUCACAUAUUUGGACAGGACAGGUAUUGGAGGAGAUACUGGGAAUUGGCGUGUGCCGGUGGUAUAUUCGUGGAAGCCAUGGAAAGCGCGGAACCGGAGGUCCUGGAAUUGCAGGCCGAAUUAGACGAGAAGUACAAAGAUAUGCCGGUCGAGGAUAAGACAGAGACGAAACAGGAGGAUGGUAAACCCAACACGGAGAAUAGAGAGAACGAAGCACCGAACGAACCUAUGAAGGAUGAGAAGAAAUCGAACGCGAACGAGGACGACGAGGAUUCGAAAUCUCAACCUAAGGAUAAGAAAACCGAUUGCGAGGAAAUUAAUUGUAAGAAGGAACCCGUGCAGAAUUGCGGCUUGGAUAAUACGGAUAACGUUAAGGAAGAGAGGAGACACGACGGUGACAGCAUGAUGACCGAUGCGAAGACCAACGUGACUUCCGAGGAGAUAAAGCAAGAAACGGAGAUUGUCAAAAUGGAGGUAGACGUGAAGAUGGAAGAGCCGAAGAAGGAGAACGAAGAAAUGGACGAGGAAAUGCCGAAGCCAGUCGUCAAGAUGAUGGAGGAUAAGAUCGUCGAGACGAUACCGAAUGGCGACAAGUUCAAUCACAUCAACAAUCUCCACAACGGCAAAGAACUCAACGGCACAUUCAUUUCUAUCAUGUCGAUAAUUACAGACAACAACGCCGAGCCCAACUGGUUCUCGAUUUUACCCCGAGAAACAUGCGACACGCCUGGGCCUAGCACGAAGCAAAUAUUUGGAAUAGCCGAACCAACGGAACUCAGGAUACCAGUUUUCCCACCACCAGCUAGUCCGAAUUACGAUAGAUGCGACAGUCCUGCGCCGUUGAUACUGACCCAAGACGAAGCCGUACAGCUCGAGUAUCUCAAAGUUCACGGAUUACCACCUCCUGGAGAAGCCAAACCGGUACCGAAAGAUCUACGGUAUGGCUGGUGGAGAAUCACGGACGUGGAUACGUUCCAAGAAUUGUUAGAACAUCUUCAUUCCCGCGGCGUUCGUGAAAAAGAAUUGAAGCGUACGACUUGGGCGACGAUGGAAUCGUUCUUGGCUGUGACCGGUAGGAUCAACGUUGAUCCAGGUAACGUCGGAGCGACAGAGCUUCAACCGGAACCCGACGAGCCCGAUGCGCCGAUCCCAAAACCGGAUCAUCCUGAAAAUUGGAGCGAGCAGGUAGCAUUACGCGUCGACGCGCAGCUUCUCGAGCAGGUCGAAGCUUUAGAGGACAAGGUCGCCAACGCAAGUAUGCAGGUCAAAGGAUGGAAACUUCCUCCACGGGCUGGAACCGAGGAGGCUGACGAAAUCGAAAAAUUGAACGAAAUGGAAAAGAUCAGUGCGGUUGAACAGGCAAGGCAAAGGUUACUCUCUUUGGAAGCAGCCAUCGAAAGGAGAUACUUGAAACCACCGUUAGGAGUUUGCACGGGAGAUCCAAAUCUGGCGGCACUGAAGGCAGAACAAGCAGCCGCUGCCAACGCCAACUCGAACAAUUCGGAUCAGAGUAAUCAGGCACCUAUUCCGCAAGAAGAGACAACACCCAGAGGGCUCAACAACUGGCGAGAAGCUACCGCACGUGCUCACACAUCGGCUCAGCUAGCCAUGGCGCUUUAUAUGCUCGAGGCCAGCAUCGCUUGGGACAAGAGCAUCAUGAAGGCUGUGAGUCUAACACCAGCUAGAAACUCGGUCUGCGUCAAGCUACGAAACCGCUGCGUCUCACUCAAAGCUACCACUCAGUACAAUCAACUAUUGACUACUUCUCAGACCUCUAAUUGCCAGUUUUGUCAUAGUGGAGACAACGAGGACAAGUUAUUGCUUUGCGAUGGCUGUGACCGCGGUUAUCAUACUUAUUGUUUCCGUCCAAAAAUGGAAAACAUUCCUGAUGGUGACUGGUACUGUCACGAAUGUAUGAACAAAGCAACGGGAGAGCGUAAUUGCUUGGUAUGUGGAAAAAGGGUUGGAAAAAAUUUGGUCCUCUGCGAGCUAUGUCCUAGAGCUUAUCACACCGACUGCCAUAAUCCGGUUAUGCCAAAAAUGCCAAGAGGGAAAUGGUAUUGCUCCAAUUGCCACAGUAAGCAACCAAAGAAGAGAAAUAGUAGUCGAAGGAGUCAUACCAAAGGGGGAGGCACCAGAGAAAGUGAAAGUUCUGAUCAUCCACCAGCUAGUCCAACGCCGUCAACGGCAUCGAACACGCACGUAGAGGACGUCAGUUCGUCGGAACCGGCAACCCCUACAGCCUCCCCGAGGAAGGAGGGAAACAAUAGGACCCUUACGAAGAAGCAACAACGAGAGCUGGCUCCUUGUAAGGUUCUACUCGAACAGUUGGAGCAGCAGGACGAAGCCUGGCCGUUCCUUUUGCCUGUUAACACCAAACAGUUCCCGACCUACAAGAAAAUCAUUAAGACUCCCAUGGAUCUCAGUACGAUAAAGAAGAAACUACAGGACUCUGUGUACAAGUCCCGCGAUGAAUUUUGCGCCGAUGUCAGGCAGAUGUUCAUCAACUGCGAGGUUUUCAACGAGGACGACAGUCCCGUAGGAAAGGCCGGACAUGGGAUGAGAAGUUUCUUCGAAAUGCGAUGGACCGAGAUCACCGGUGCACCCCCACCCCAUACACAGACGCAUAGCUGAGGUUCGGUGCGUUCACGCAACACCUGCAACAGCUUCGCACACUUUUACUAUUAGUGCGUGUGUGCUUGCUGCGGCUCAGACAGAGAGGAAAGAUAGAGAUAGAGAUAGAGAUAGAGA